GUGACGAUCCUGUCUCUUUUCCUGUCAAUGUUUGGCACCAACAGUGCACACAUCAGAAGCACCGGUCUGAUUGCCUUCAAAGAUGACAAUUCUACUAGUAGUCUCCUCGGACGCCAUGUGGAAAAGUUACGGGAUGCAGGCAGCAAAUUCGUGAGCACCUUCUGGUCGUGGGGAGACCCUUAUGACGAUGAGCUGGUAGAUGAAUGGUUUGAAGAGGACGGCACUGGCGAAGGUGCCGAGCCGAGCUGGGACGGAUCAACAAAUGCUGACGGAGAUUGGAUACCCGAGGCAGCUUCUGAGGAGGCAGCCUGGGAUAACCCUGACGCCAGCUGGGCCGCAGACCAGCAGUGGACGGGCGAGGAUGCCAACGCCAACUGGGAGCAGGGCCCAGCAGAUUGGGUGCAGUCAGCAGAGCAGUGGGAUAACCAGGAUGCUGUCCUGCCAGGGGAUCAGGCCGAGUGGACAGAGCCAGCCCAGCAGUGGCCCCAGGAUGAAGGCACCUGGGGAGGAGAUCAAGCAGAAGUGGUGGCGUCAGCUGAAGACCCAAACGCAGGGGGGAACCCCGCCGAGUGGGUGCAGCCAGCAGAGCAGUGGGAAGACGCAAAUCAGUGGGAGGAGCCGGCAGCCCAUCAAUGGGAAGGUGACCAAGUAGAAACAAGGGAGCCAGCUCAGGAAUGGGAUCCUCAGGAGCCCGUCUGGGCAGGCGAGCAGGCAGAAUGGACGGAGCCAGCACAGCAGUGGGACAGUGAGGCUGCUGUCACCUGGGAAGAGGACCAAGCAGGCUGGGUGGAACCAGCCCAGGAAUGGGAUGAAAGCAAAGAGUCAGCCGCCCAGCAGGCAGUUGCCACAGGGCAAGAGGUCCAGGUGGAAUGGGCCGAGCCGGAGCAGCAAUGGGACGGUGAAACGGCCCAGUGGGAAGAGGAUCAGGCCGGCUGGGUGGAGGGACGCCAGGACUGGGACAACCAGGCCGCCCGAUGGGAAGAAGAGCGCGCAGAAUGGGUGGAGCCCUCACAGCAGUGGGGGGGCCAGGAUGAACAAUGGGUGGACAAAGGGAAUGAAAGCGCUGACCUCCCUGCCGGUCAGACCGAUGACUCAUGGUCGCCCUCGGAGGCCUCUGGUGAUGAGUGGGCAGCACAGGACUCGUGGACCGAUGAGUCGGCCCAGCAGGAGCAGCCAGAGGCCUGGAAUGAGAACGCCAAUGUUGGCGAUCAGCCUGAGAAUGCAUGGGACACAGCGGAGCCUGCAGCUACCUCUUGGGAAGCCAGGCCUUCAGAGCAGGACUCCUGGUCAGCUGACGCUGCACUUGAGGCAUCUGAAGGGGGCUAA